AUGGGGGAAGGGUCCCAGCUGGGUCGAGCCAAGGGCCGAGAGUGUGGUUACCCAGGCGGGAGCCUGGUCCGGAACCGAGCAGGGGCCGAACCUUGGAAGCCCUUGCCCCACCCCCACCAGCCCGACCUCGAGGAGUGGGGUCAGCUCGGGAGUUCGAGCUCUGCGGGCGGCCUUUUCCCGCGUGCCCCCUCCCCACUCAUUCUUCCCGUGCCCCUUCCAAGAACUAGGGUGGGCUUCCCGCUGCCUUGCCGGAAUCCCAGACUCCGGGAGAAGCGGCGACCCGAGGCGGGGAAACUUCCUACUUCCCACCACGGCUGUUUUGUGCAAUUUGGGGAGCAGGCUGUCCGACCCUGCAAGCCAGCGAGCGUCUCUACCGCGGCAGCUGCAGGCCCGUCCCGCUUCCCUUCCCCCUCUUUUCGCGAGGCACGCCAAGCCCGAGGCGCCCGGGAGCGGCCGCGCUGUUGGGGGAGAAGAGCGGGGAGCUUCCAGCUUGCACCCUUUCAUUUAGACCCAGCCCGGGAUCCCAGCUCCGGUUGGUCCGUGCGGCUACGGCGCUUGCCAUUGGCCGGCCUCUCGGUCACGGGGUCAGGGGCGGGUCCCGAAGCGGGCGCCAGCCCCGCCCCCGCUCGGAACCCAGCCCCGGCUCGCGGUCCCCCCCAGCUGCACAGACAUGACACAGACACACAGUCACUGCAGCUGCUGAGCGAGUCCGGCGCUCUGGGCACGCGGAGGCGGCGGGGCCAGCCCGGAGCCCGGACCCCAGCGCCCGCCCCUGCCGGCCUCCGCGCGGCGGCCCCCUCCUGGCCGGGCGCGGGAGGCGGGGAUCGCGCGCCGGCUCCGGCCAGCGGUGCCGGGCUGCCCGCGGCGGCUGCAGCGGCCGCCCAGCUCCGAGCGCCGCGCGCUCCGGGAAGCCGGCGCAUCUCGGAGGCGGCGCCGGCCGAGGCCGGCGAGCGCUCCCGGCGGCGGGGCCGCCCGCCUUGGCUCCCCGCACCCACUGGGCCGCGAUCCGUUCGCCGCGCCUCCGCUCUUGUGACCUUCCCGGGGCGCCUCCCCUGGCCCCGUGCCCCCGGCCCCGCGCCCCAGGCCGGGGCGAGGCCCUCUCCGGUGCCUCCUUCCCGCGGAGCCGCGGGCGGGCGGCGCAGGCCCGGGGGGAGAGCGCGCCGCGGCCGGCUGCAGCCCCCCCCACUCCCCGCGCCGCUGCGCUCGGCGCCCGGCCCGGCCGGUCUGCUCCUGCCCCGCCGCCGCGCCGGAGCCCGGGCGCCCGAAGCUGGGGGCGCGGCCGCGCUUGCCUCGCCGGGCCGUUCGCGGGCAGGCCCUGCCCUGAAGGGGCGAAUCGGCUGGGAGCGCGGGAGGUGGAGUCGGCCCCGGCGGCCGCUCCCUGGACCCAGCCCGAGGCGGACCCAGGCCCCUGCCCAUGCGGGGCGCCUCCGGCUUGGAAGAGUCCCUCGUGCCAGGAGCAGCUCCAAGCAGCGGCCCCGGAGGAAGAAGAAGAAGGGACAGUGUUCAGCGUGGACAACCCGGACCCUCGCCGCGGCAUUUGGAGCCGGGGGCAGUCCCGAACUCUGCGCUUGGCACUGCCGCUCGGAGGAGGACAGCGCCUGCCGGGACCCUGACCCGGACGCCCUGAGCCUCGUAGGCGGCGGCGCCACCCGGUUCAUCCGCGUCUUCCUCUGCCUGGCGUCAGUCACCGCUAAGAAAGUAUUAUGAGGGAGGCCGAGGACUUCAUGCUCCGGACAGAGAA